AUGGUCCUUGGACACUUUAGCUCUACUGGAGCUACAGCACAACAAGACAAAUACGAUCCUCCUACAGCAGCAGACAAAGAAAUCCUCGACCACGAUGCAGAGAAGUCGCAAACGAGCUCUCCUCCUCCAGGCGAAGUUCGCAAUGAAGAAGAAAUCGCAGCAGCAUACAACAUUAACGAGAAGAGCCUCGUUCGAAAAUUAGACGUCCACCUCCUCCCCGCCGUCUGCAUCCUCUACCUCCUCUCCUUCCUCGACCGCGCCAACGUCGCCAAUGCCCGUCUCGAAGGCCUCUUAGUUGACCUCGGCAUUACAGCAAAUCAAUACCUUACCGGCCUUACAAUGUUCUUCGUCGGGUACAUUCUUCUCGAAGUCAUCUGGAACGUCAUUCUCAAACGCAUUGGACCUAAGAUUUGGCUUCCUAGCACAACACUCGCAUUCGGAAUUGUCGCGACAUUGCAAGGUGUGGUGCAGAGACAGAAUGGAGUCGCGGGAUUCUUGAUUGUGAGGUUCUUCCUUGGAGUUGCUGAGGGAGCGCUGUUCCCUGGUGUGGUGUUUUAUUUGAGUAUGUGGUACAAGAGAUCGGAGAGACAAUUCCGCAUUGCGCUGUUCUUUGCCAUGGCGAGUUUGGCGGGUGCGUUUGGUGGUAUUUUGGCGUAUGGUAUUGGACAUAUGCGAGGUGUUGGAGGGUAUAAUGGGUGGAGAUGGAUCUUCAUCCUCGAAGGCUUGUUGACUUGUGUCGUGGCUGUAGCAGCCUACUGGUUUGUUGCAGACUGGCCAAACAAAGCAAAAUUCGUUACAGAAGGAGAGCGAGCAUUUAUCAAUGCCCGCUUGAAGAACGACAGUGACGCGACUCAACACGAAGGCUUCACCUGGGCGAACGUGGGUUCCGCGUUCAAGGAUCCGAAAGUCUGGCUGUACAACGGAGUCUUCCACACUCUAUCCCUCCCACUCUACACUCUAUCCCUCUUCUUGCCCUCCAUCAUCGCCGCCCUCGGCUACGCCUCCUGGGAAGCUCAACUCCUCACCGUCCCUCCCUACGCCCUGGCCGCUAUCCUCACAGUCGGCUACGCCUUCGUCUCCGAACGCUACAAACUCCGCGCCCCCUUCAUCCUCUUCUCCACCUCCACCGCCAUCCUAGGCUACAUUCUCCUCCUCUCCAACCCCUCCCCUACAACCCGUCCCGCUCAAUCCUACGUCGGAGUGUUCCUCGCCGCUGCUGGAAUUUAUCCUUCUGUCGCGUUGGGUCUAUCGUGGCCGGCGAUGAAUGUUUCGGGUCAGACGAAACGUGCUGCGGCGAACGGGUUGCAGAUUACGAUUGGUAAUUUGGGUGCCGUGAUUGGCACGCAGCUGUAUAGAGGGGCGGAUGCGCCAAAGUAUGUUGUGGGACAUAGUGUGGCUCUUACAUAUUUGGUCGGUAACCUUGUGGUUGUGUCGACGUUGUGGUGGCUGUUGAAUAAGAUCAACAGGGAGAGAGAUGAGAUUGCCGCCAGAGAAGGCGCAGAAGUUCUCACAGGGGAGUGGCAAGGUGAUGAGGAUUUGAGGUGGAGAUUUAGGGUCUAA